ACAGGCGCUAGGGUUAGGACGACAGAGGAGAGGCGCACCACCGCGCCCGGACGGCCGCCGCUCCGCUUGUGUCUCAUCUCCGCCGCCCCUCGCCUCCUCGUCCUCUCACUCUGCGGCUGCGGCAGGCGCCAGUAGGCCCGGCGCGCGGCCGCCCCUCACGGCGGCGACGGCGCACCGGAGUCGGGUCCCUCUCCCUCCUGCUCGACGAGUCCUGAGUAGACGGCACGGCUCUGCUCCGGCCUCCAUUGUAGAGGCUCGUGCUCCGCUUGAUUCCCCGCUCCUCUUUCCGGCCAUCCCGCCGCCCCUUCCUGGCCUCCUCCUCCUCUCGCCGCCGGCUAGAAGCGCCGAUAGCUGCCGUCCUCCGCCGCUUCCUGCUCCCGUUGCGUUCGUACCAUCGUCUUACUCCUGCGUAUGCUUGUUCCGGCCGUUCGGGACACCAUGCGCACCACGUGUUUGCGGGAUUGCCUAGCCGAGCUGCUCCGCUGCGGGGGCCAGCGCCAGGGCCAGGGCCGAUUCUGCUGCCCCGCACAGUUAUCUCUCGCCCGGGGGAUGACGCAGAGCCGCAGCGUGAGGCAACGGAGCAAGAAGAAGCGGGUGCACGCGCUCGAGGUGGCCACGGAGCGGUGGAAGGUACUCACCAAGGUGCUCGCCGUCAUCGACACGCUCAAGAAGGAGGAGGAGCACGUCACCCCGCUCAAGCGCCUUGAGAUCCUGCGCUCACAGCUCGGGCUCACCAAGCCCAACAAGGUGGCCCACUUCGUGCGCCGCUCGCCGCAGCUCUUCGAGGUCUGCCGCGACAGCCGAGGCGUCAUGUGGGCGGGCCUCUCGCCGCAGGCCGAGGCGCUCGUCGAGGAGGAGGCACGCCUGCUGGAGGAUCACUCACGCACGGCCGCUGAGUACGUCACCAGGCUGCUGAUGAUUUCGGUGGACCGUCGUCUGGCCAUCGACAAGAUUGCACAUUUCAGGCGCGACAUGGGGCUUCCUCAUGAUUUCAAGACACGAUGGGUUCACAUGUUCCCUGAGCAGUUCAGGGUGGUCAGGUUGGAGGACGGCGAUUACCUGGAGCUUGUCUCUUGGAAUCCAAACUGGGCAGUCACCGAGCUCGAGAAAAAGACGGCAGCAUUGACUGGUGAUGCAAAUGCUAAUGACAUUGCCAGUCCACCAGGAGAGCUCUCACUAUCAUUCCCCAUGAAGUUCCCACCAAAUUUUACAAGUUACUACAAAUUCCGCGGAAAAGUUCAUCAUUAUGUGAAAAAAGGCAAUACUGAGCAGUUUCAGAAGACAACAUACCUAUCUCCUUAUGCAGAACCAGGAGGAUUGACUCCUGGCUCGCCGGAGUUUGACAAGAGGGCAGUUGCAGUGAUGCAUGAGAUACUGAACUUCACGUUGGAAAAGAGGCUGGUGACUGAUCACCUCACACAUUUCCGUCGUGAGUUUGUUAUGCCGCAGAAGUUGAUGAGACUGCUUCUGAAGCAUUAUGGCAUCUUUUAUGUCUCUGAGAGGGGGAAGCGGUUUAGCGUAUUCUUGACGGAGUCUUAUGAUGGGACAGAAUUAAUAGAGAAGUGCCCAUUGGUGAGGUGGAAGGAAAAAGUCCUUCAACUUACCAGCUAUAGAGGGAGGAUCAAGAAUCUUGGUAAAUUUGCCGAGUUGUCUGAUUCAGAGGACUAUUUGUUUGGUAAUGAUGAUAGUAGCGGUGCUACUGAUUCUAUAUUGGAUGUCAAAAGUGAAGAUUCGGAUGAUAUCAUGGAUGAUGGCGCUCUUGCAGAUGAUACUGAGAUGGAUGUAGGGGAUCUAAGUGAUUGUUGCAUAGAGUGAAUAAGUGACAUCGAUUAAUUUAAAGAGCAGUUUUUUAUUUUUGUUCCCUAACGAUCAAGCUCCAAAAGUCUAUUCUUGUGAUCCUAGGGCAAUGGUUAUAUUCUGUUACUCCCUCGCUCAUGGCAUAUUUGGAUUCUUUAUAUUAACCUAGGGCUUAAAAACUGUUGCUGAUUGGAUAUGUCAUGUUUGCUUAUUGCUAAAAACCUAAACCAUGCGUACUUUAUGUUAUUCACAGAAGAUGAUAUUUACAAACAAUCCAAGCAAGAUUUGUUUUAACAGUAAUCGCUGUCUGAAGUCAGUUUUCUAGCCUUCCAGUUGGUGAUGGAUUCAAUAUUCAGAUAAGUACAUCGCUACUAUUUGUCAUCGGCUAUUCGAAAGCUUUAUUUACACAUAGUUAACUGUGUGCUGUAAGAAGGGAAUAUUUUUGUUAUGGUGUCAUAAUAAGACUUUCAAAAGGGUUUUGAAGCAGCUGAACAGCCGGCCAACGUGGAAGUGUGGAACUUGAACUCUAGUGCUCGUUAAUAUUUCACUUGAGCGUUCAGUGACCAAAAAGUGACCAGUCUAUUGGGAGAUCCAUCACCUCUGCUACAAACAUGCUCACAUAGCGAUCAGAGUUUAUCAGAUUGGCCAGUGGGACAUCAUCGGCACAAUCCAUAUAUUCUCUCAUUGUUCAGAUUCGAUACUUCAUGCUAUGGUGGCCAUCCCUCAUACGAAUGAUCAUCUUUGCAUGGUUAUAUUAUCAAGAUAAUGAAGAAGUGUUUUAUUUCUCUACUUCCUGCAUCUUGGUGCAUAUACAAGACAAAAGGUCCAGCAUUCUUUUUCAUUAAAACAAAUCUCAGGUUUAGCACUUAUUUUUCAAACCAUUUUCUUAGCUUAGCAUUUUGCCUUUUGAUCUAUCAUCAAGUCAAUUCUUCUCUCCGUUGUGACUGUGACAGCACGGCCAUCAUGGCUUAACAUUUGCCGUGCCAAUUUAAAGCAGGCUGGAAGUAGUUGAAGGCCAUUGCCAGAAA